AUGGCUUCCAACAACGUCACCUCGGACGAGGCUCGUCGUGCUGCUCAGAGCUACCUCAACGACCGCCUCACCACAAAGACUGACGGUCCAGCUCGGCCCUUCAAUGUUCCCGUCAUCGACAUCUCCUCCACUUUCAAUGGCUCCCUCAAGGACAAACAAACCGUAGCAUCUCAGAUUCGCAACGCUUGCACGAACAGCGGCUUCUUCCAGAUCACUGGCCACAAUGUCCCCGAAUCUGUCCGUCAAGGCGUGCUGAACCAGGCUUCUCGCUUCUUCAAAGAGCUUCCCCCUGCCCAAAAGGAUGAGCUACACGUCAAGCACAACGACUUGAUGCGCGGAUGGGAACCUUCAGACUACACCUAUGUGAACCCAGACGAUUGGGCUACCGCAGCUGUGCCGGAAACCAAGGAAGGCUUCAAUUGGGGCUACGAAGCUUCCCUCGACCCUACAGGCGGUGAUGGUAAAUACCGCGACUUGGACGGAAGCACCGAGAAUGGCAACGUAUGGCCUGCCGAUUCCGCUCUUCCUGGUUUCAAGCAAGAUAUUGCAGAAUACUAUGGCCAAGUGCUGCAGCUUGCUCGCCAUCUGUUCAGACUUUUCGCCUUGAGUUUGGCAUUGCCUGAGAAUCACUUCGAUGAGAUGAUGACGCAUCCGGGCGGUAUCUCUCGCCUGUUAUACUAUCCUCCCUCCAAGGAUCCAAAGCCAUUGGACCCCAACGAGGCAGACAAGGAGGUUGGCCUCGGAUCGCAUACUGAUUACGAGUGCUUUACCCUGCUGCUUUCAUCCACAACCCAUGGUCUUGAGAUUCUUACACCUGAGAAUGUCUGGACACCUGCAGCCGCUGCCGAGGGCGCAUUCAUCGUCAAUGUGGCAGACUUCCUGAUGAGAUGGACCAACGGUGUUUACAAGAGCACGAUUCACCGCGUCGUCAACAGAACCACCAAGGAGAGAUAUAGCGUACCCUUUUUCUUUUCCAUCAACUACGAUCAACAGGUCGAGACCCUACCUAGCUGUGUCUCGGACGAGAACCCCUCAAAAUACCCACCUAUUCGUGCGGGCGAGUACAUUCUUGAACGUCUCAAGGCUACUGUUAAGGAUGGUUAG